AUGGCUGAAUAAUUAACGGAAGAAGAAAUCUUUGAAUUUAAAGAAGCCUUCGACUUUUUGGAUAAGAAUUGUGAUGGCGUUAUUACAGCUAAUUAAUUCUCAACAAUUUUGAGAUCAAUUGGCUAAAACCCAACUGAGAAAGAAGUAUAGGAUAUAUUCAUAGAAUUUGAUGCUGAUGAAGAUGGAACAAUCGAUUUUGCUUAAUUUUUAUGUUUGAUGGGCAGAAAAAUGAAGGAAUUGGAAUCUGAAGAGAGAAAAAAAUUAGACAAAGAUGGAAAUGAACUCAUAUCAAUACCUGAAUUAAGAUGUGCCAUGAAAAAUUAAGGAGAAAAAUUGACAGAUAACGAAAUAGAGGAUAUGAUAGAAGAGGCUGAUAAGGAUGGUGACGGUUAUAUUAGUUAUGAAGAAUUUGUAAGAAUGAUGAUUCCCAAAUGA